UUCGGCGCUCUGCCUGGUUGGGUUUGCUGGUGUUGCUGCUGCAUCCGCGGAGCACUGGCAGUGAGUGGUUCUUUUACCUUUAGGAUCAUUUCACUUCGACUCGUCUGGCAUCUCAGGCUUACGAGGAUCGCCAGUGGUGGCAGUGGCAGUGACAUGGUUGUUUUGCUGUUGAUGCCCUUGCGCCCCUGCUGCUACUACUACUCCUACCACAGCUACUACCGCAGCGCCUUUGUCACCCCUUGUCUGUGCUCUAUGCUGCAUUCCAUUCUUGCAUUGCAGCCUAGGCAACAUUAGUCGCACUCUGGCUUUGACGCUGGUCAGUCGACUAUUAUUAUGGGACGCCUCUCUGCAAUGUGCGAGACACUGCGCCAACAGCGGAGGCGAUGACCUGGAUCUAUCAGACUCAAUCAUCAUCAUCGUCGCCUUCUCCUCCUGAUCCUCCUACUCCUGCGAAACCCACGGCCCAUCCACUCCGAGCCUCCCACGCCAAUCAUGUCGCAUCUCCUCGACCUUAGCAGCCUCUCGGUUUCCUCUUGUUGCCCCCCCUUCUCAGCCUCUAUGCUUCCAACAAGCCCCAAGUCCGAGUCGAGUCAGUGUCAGUACGGAGUUACAAUGUCGUAGUUGCACUGCCAAUGCUAGUCGUGGUAACAGUAGUCGUCAAGUGCUCCAGACGACGAUGGAAAUAAUAAUGGCUCACCAGGAUCCUGCAGCACUGCACACUGCAUUUUGCUGGGCUAGUUGGAGUCGUCCAAGCACCACGUCGCCGCCAGUCCGCCACAUCCUUGGUGUCUCCAGUUGCAAAACGCUAACCACCACCACUAUCACCGCUACUAGUACUGGCCUGACCGUCACCACCACCCUCACCCGCCAAUGCUCGACUAGCACCACUGGGUAAUAUGUCUCGAUGAUACGACGCCUGCCCGAGCUUGAUGCGGUCGGUGCGCUGCCUAUCCAUCCACGGCCCAUGAGACCAUGGCGUCGCCUCGCCAUACCCAUAUCCAUACCUAGGUACCCAUACACCGGGUUUCCAUACCGCCCUCAUCGCCGUCUGCUGCUGUCACCACUCGCUUCCACCCCGUUUUGACUCCGUUUCCCGUCCGUUCGUGUUCUUUUCUUUUUGCUUCCGACAUCCAUCGAUCCUAGCAAUCCUUUCUUUUCCACAACAUCCCAUCACCUUCCCCCUUCCGCCAGGCCGUCUUUAGUCCACUUUGGCAAUCAUUGCGCCAGUGUGUCUUUCAAUCUUGUUGCUCCAUUCUCGUCCCUGUUCGCCCCCUUGCCAUCCAUUAUUGGUUCGUCCAAGUGUCUCCAGUCGUAGCUCGUCUUUUCUGCGCCCUGCCCGUCUCCCUUUGACUUCUCUCUUGUUGCGUCGGUCUCAUCGGUCUCCUGCUCACUCGGGCUCAUCAAUGGGGCCCUGACAUCAAAGGCCGAGCCUCGAACCGCCCUCCAUCCAAGACAAGGCCGUGUGGGUGUUAAUGAAAUACAGGAUCGGCCGUGGUUGCUCCAACUGUCUGGUGCAGCCACAGACUAUCCGUUCGGCUGACUGCGUUCCUUUCUUGCUACUAGUUCUUCGCCACGCUCCAUCGUGCUGCUCGUCAUUAUUAUUUGUUCGUGCUUGCUUCAGAGGGCCUACGUUGAUCCUGGCUUGGACCUUGCGGCGUACGUAUCUCCCACAGUCACUGUCAGAAGGACGUUUGGAGGUGAAGCGCCUUUGUCCAUCUCUGUCGGUUGCUCUGGGUCCCACCUUUUCGAUACUUCCUUCAUUCCAAACUCCCAAUUCAGUCAAAAGCUCCAAAACAUCCUGUAUGGUAUUCACUUCUUGAACACUUCUGUUCCAGUCCUAUUAUUGUCAUGUUCUCUCGGGGUGCAUACUAUUGUCCCUCCUUUUCUUUCGUUGCCAGUGGUGAAGGCAGGCGAAGCUCCAUCUUUGUGUCGUCACCGAACCCUCCAAGCCUUCCACCAUUCAACCAACCUUCAACGUCUGAGAAUCCUCCGAAAGACCACUCUAUUUUCCUUUAAUCCGUGUCCGAACGACCUUCGAGCCCAUGUCUUCCUUAGCAGCCAUCCACCGCAGCGUUGAAAGCCUGGACUGGUCGAAGCCGCAUUCAAAAGCAUCCUACGACAAUUGGACUGCAUAUGGGCCCGAAUCUAAGAGGUGGAACAGCAGCAACUCUUACUUCACCAGUGGCUUGCCCACUCCUCCAGGGUCCAAGGCCAUGCCGGGACUGAUCUUAAACAACGCCUAUAACAACGACUUCAGCGGUGAAGGGUACCGGCAGCAAGAAGCCUUGCUCCAAGACAGACCUGACACGAGCCAGCAGCACAGACAGUCGUCGACAGCCACAAAUGGCAUGAACUACAGUUUAGUGCCCUUGUCCUCAAAUAAUGUUCUUGGCCCCAACAGCCAGCGAGGAACUGGUCAGGAUAAGGGUGAUGCUAUUGCACCACAUCUUCAAAUACCAGAGUCUGUGAACAAGAGCAAGGGCAGUUUGGCAGAAUUCACCGCGGAGAUUACAUGUUUGUUCUGGUUUGAGACGGCCAGCACUCUACAAUAUGCGGAGGACUUGCCGGUUGACGCUCCCGUAGACAGGGGACUGUCGCCUGAUGCCGUCCCGACCAUUGGAUUUCGCAAGUGGGUGACCACGAUCAUCAGCACCACCCAGGUGGGAAGAAAUGUGAUCUUGCUUGCCUUGAUGUUCAUCUACCGGCUCAAGCGCUUCAAUCCAGCCGUUAGUGGCAAGCGUGGGAGCGAGUUUCGCCUCCUGACUAUUGCUCUGAUGUUGGGCAACAAAUUUCUGGACGACAACACUUACACCAACAAGACGUGGGCCGAGGUGUCCGGGAUCUCUGUCAACGAAAUCCACGUUAUGGAGGUGGAGUUCUUGAGCAAUAUGAGAUACGACCUCUAUGCUUCGGCGGAGGAAUGGAGUGAGUGGAAGGCCAAACUAGGGAGGUUAGGCGCCUUCUAUAACAAGGCUUCCCGAAUGCCCCCUACAGAAAGCAGUCCAGGUCCUGCCCCGGUUACACCAACCUCGCAGAAAUUCGUCUACAAACUGCCGUCCCCGCCGUCCACUCAUCACAGUGUCAGUCCCUACACCUCCUCAGCGUCUCUGAAUGGCCAAUAUCCCAGGCUACCACAUCCGGUACCUACCACCACCUCCGCCUCCAGCUCUCCUCUAUACCCUCAACAGCACACAUCAACCAUUCCGCAGCAAGGGCGCAAAAGAAUUCUGGACACGUCUGCCGACCUCCCAUCCGCCAAGCGAGCCCACUACUCUACUGGGCAGCCUACGGUACCCUCGAGCCGAGCUCCAAAUUUUCUAAAUCCUGCACCUUAUCCGUGCGAUGUCAAUAUCGGCAUGUCACCCCACAACGCCAACUUGAUGGCUUCUGCACCAGCUUCUGGUGCGUUGGACGUUCCGAGACUGGACCUCCCUAGAAUGCAGAGCUCACAGGGCCGGGGUCCGGCUCAACUCGCUCCAUUGUCGGUCCCGGCCAGCCGAGCAAUGUCGAGUGUCUAUCCGAAUGCCACCACAGUCUACUCGCAGCCGGUUACGCCUGUGUCUGCAGUAACUCAAAACCUCUUCCAAAACCCCAUACCGAGUCUUGGCGACGGCAGCCGCUCCUUGGGCACACAUCCAUCUGCUCAAUCAUCGCCGUCCGUCGGGUUCAACCCGGCGAAUCCCACUCCUACGGGACUCUCACCUUCAUAUUUCUUGUCCAACCGGGCAUCCCCUUACAGACCCGUUCGGAACGUCAACACGCUCCUCAUACCUCCUCCCUCCGCCGCCCUUCAACUUCCUGUCCGACACAUCCCUUCAGAUCAGAUUCAUUAUCAGCCGUUGAGUAAAGCUGCCACGGAACCACGCUCUGGUCCCGUACCAUAUAUGCAGAUUGACCCGUGGCAACACAGCAACAUUUCUGCACCGUUUGGUCAGCAACAGUAUGCACUGUGACGUGCAGCCAUCGGGUGCGGGGGGCGUGGUUCUUUUCAUUUUCUCAGCGAUGUUUUCAGCAUAGCGUGGAGGGUAUCGUCUUGAUGAGUCGAGAAAGCAUUCAUAUUUGGCGACAUGCAUUUCCUGGCGUUUUGGGGAUAAAGGGCAAAAUGGCGAGGCUGAACGUCUUGCCGCAGACUGUACAGUGUAGAUAGAACUAGACGAAGUGUUCGAGCUCGAUCCAUUGUUAUCUGGAGUCUUGAGCGUCAAAAAGAGAUUACUCUAGAACUUCAAAUGCCACUGUCUUCAUAUACCUA